UCACUAUAUAAAACGACCGGAAGUGCUUUAUCACAACUGCAUAAGAAACGAGCGUGGAUGUACCCGGCUCUGGCCUCUUGAUUUGUCCUACACAGUCUGUCGCUCUGUUCAUGACUUCCCGUCUACAUCUGCAGCUGACUGACGUACAGGUGUUUGCAGUCAUCAUUAGCCACAUGGCUAGCAGUGGAUCAGACCACCUCACUUUUUCUGUUGACCAACUAGUCCCGAGUCCACACGUCUAACCGCGUCUUUUCCAGGGCAAUGCUGAGUCGGGAGGUAUCAUAACGGAGGAGAUUGAUUUCCAGGGGUCCCCGGUGACAAAGGGCAACGCCGAUACCUCUCCAUCCAGCGAAGAAGCCGGGCGACGCACGUUGAACUCUGCCCCACGGACGUCAUGUUUUGAUUCCCAGUCCAGUAUCCUCUACCCGUCCUACUACCCCACUCGAAGAUGUCUCCACGCGGGUCCAUCUCGACCGUCAUAACGACGGUUCUCGGGGUGACUCUAGGCGGGUUGCUGAUAUGGCGCGUUUACCGGAGACAGAGGAAGCGACUACCUUGCAGUCACAAGGCAGUCGAUUCACCCGUGGUGGAGGCGGCCCCUCCGCCUCUCUCAGUGGAGUCUCCAGCCACGUCGGUUUCUUCUUCUUCUUCUCCUCCUCCACCACCUCCUCCCCCCACCCCGGCGCUACCAUCUCCAGACCAGCUGCUGAGGGUGGCGCCUGUGGUAGUGGGCUCCGAGGACGAGUGGGAGCGCGCCUGGCCCGCCCUGCAGAAGGACCUCGCCGUCUUCCCCGUGUUGGGGUUGGACUGUGAAUGGGUAAAGAAGCGCGGCGUGUCGGUGAAGGGUCGGACCUCCAUGGUGUCUCUUCUCCAGAUGGCCUCCUACUCGGGCCGCUGUGUCCUGGUCCGGAUGCUCUCCCUCCGAGGUGGGGGGGCGCGGUCCAUCCCCCUCAGCCUGAUGGAGGUCCUGCGAGACCCCCACGUCUUGAAGGUCGGGGUGGGCUGCUACGAAGACGCCAAGCGGCUGAUCCGAGACCACGGCCUGGCCGUGGGGUGCACGGUGGACCUGCGGUACCUGGUCCUCAGAAGGAAGGUGCUGCUGAACAACGGCAUGAGUCUGAAGUCUCUUGCGUCCGACCUGCUCGGCGUCUCUCUGGAUAAGUCUCUGGCGCUGCGCUGCAGUGACUGGGAGGCCAAGAAGCUGACCGCCGACCAGGUGCGCUAUGCGGCGGGCGACGCCCAGGUCUCCGUCGCUCUGUUCUUCCACCUGCUGGGUCUGGGCGGAGACUCUAGCCCCUCCCCCUGCUCCUCCAUCAGCCCCUCCCCCCGCUCCCCCUCUAGCCCCGCCUACUUAUCCACCGGCACCGCCCCCUACGCCCAGCUGGCCGCCCAGUGCCAGGGGCUGGUGGACGUCCCGUUCCGGGAGGGGCGGGGCUCGGGGCGGGGCGCCGCGGAGGGCGACGAGAACACCCCGUUCAGGGGGGGCGGCGACGGCGGCGGCGACCGGAAGCCGAGGAGGCUGGCCUUCGAGAGCCCGGAGGCUGGGGACCAGCAAGUCCCAGACCCCCGGCGCAACCAGAAGAGGAAGCCCCUGGGGGUGGGCUACUUCGCCAGGAAGUCUCCUCUCUAUGACAACUGCUUCCUGUACGCCCCCGACGGAGAGCCGCUCUGCACCUGCGACAAGAAGAAGGCCAAGUGGUACCUGGACAAGGGCCUGGGAGUCCUGGAGUCCCAGGACCCCUUCGUGGUGCGGCUGCUGUUCGAGCCGGCGGGCCGGCCUGAAUCCAAGCAGGACUACUACCUGACGGCCAAGGAGAACCUGUGUGUGGUCUGUGGCAAGGAGGACUCCUACAUCAGGAAGAACAUCGUCCCCCACGAGUACCGGCGCCACUUCCCCGCCGAGCUGAAGGACCACAACUCCCACGACAUCCUGCUGCUGUGCACGGCGUGCCACGCCGCCUCCAACGUGCACGACGGCUCCCUGAAGCAGCUGCUGGCCGAGGAGCACGGCGCCCCCCAGGGGUGCGAGGAGGGGGUGCGCGUCCUGGAGGACUCGGACCGGCGCCGCGUGCGCUCGGCCGCCAGGGCGCUGCUCACGGCCGGCGACGCCCUGCCGCAGCGGCGGCGCUCCGAGCUGCGGGGGCUGAUCCGGGACUUCCUGGAGCCGGACGGACGCACGGACGGCGGGGAGCUGACCUCCGAGGACCUGCAGUACGCGGCCGAGCUGGAGACCAGGAUCUUCAACGCGUCCUACGUGCCCCACGGUCUGAAGGUGGUGCGGGCGCAGGCGGGCGGCGGCGGCCUGCACGGCCUGAUGGAGCUGGAGCGGCGCUGGCGCCAGCACUUCCUGUCCUCCAUGCGGCCGCGCCACCUGCCCCCGCUCUGGGCCGUCGACCACAACCACAGGAAGCUACGCCACAAGUACGGCGAGGACCUGCCCGUCCUGCCCCUCUGAGGACCCCCCCCCCCCGACCCCACCCGUUGCUCAUGGCAACCGGAAAGAAGGAACGCUGACUGGAACCGGGUGGUUUGUGGGACCUUUGCCAAAAACUAUGUUCAAUAAGGGAACCCCCCCCCCCCCCCCACAGAACCUGAAUGUACCAGAGCUCGUUUCUGAUUGGACCGGGGGACGACCCGGUCCGGUGCCAAAGACAACCCGUUGGAUGAGAUGUACAGUGGGCGGAGCUUGGUGCGCACAUGCUCAGUCCACGGGGGUGGGGCUGUCCCUUUGCUCCCCCCCACCCCCCCAUGAAGGCCAGCACCGAUUGAUACACUUGAUUCAUUUAAAAAAAAAAAAAAAAAAAAACUUUGAUCUAGAUAUUUAUUUACAUAUUCCUCCUCCACAGAUAAGGGAACAUAAUCAACUAUAUAAAACGGCAACACUCAUCCUCAUUGGACGGAUGACUUAACAAUAUCAGCUCUCAUUGGACGGAUGUAAUGAGGCUCUCUUUCAUUGGACAGAUUAAACGACAACAGGGGUCCCAAACGCACCAAUCAAGAGCAUCUUACUCCCCUGACGGGGGACCUCUCUCUGGUUGGUCCUUGGGGCCCCUGAGACUGGGGGCCCCGGGAUGAAGGUCCAGGUGGACCCUCUCCUACCACGCCCCCCUCUCUGUUCCCAGGCUCCCCCUGAAGGCUCGGAUAUUUCCCCGGCCCCUCUCCCCAGGGGCCCCUAAACCUCCGAGCACCCCCGAGGGACCGGGUUCAAUACCCCGCCUCCGCCACGGUCCAGAUAGUCUGCUUAUUAUGUUUGCGUUUUUUAUUAUGGGACGGGGUCAAGAGACGUGGGACGUCAGAAGUGUGCACCAUGAAGUUUAUUUUAAAAGAGAUUUGUUUGUUGUUGUAAAAUGUUUGACUCAACAUUUUAAAAAAAUAAAGUUUUCUUUUGUAUUCUG